AUGAGUGCGGACUACGAGAGCAACUACUUUAUGCGCAGUCGCAAAGUGCGCGAUAAGCCACCGUUGUGGGACUCAUUUCAAGACCCGCCAGCGAAGCGGACCAGCGGCUCCGACGCCUACUGGAAGAAGUUGCAGUUCUUCCUCAAGCUCUUCAAGCUCUUCGUCUAUCUGCUGGUAUUUGCCGUGAUCUUGGCCUGCAGCGUGGCGGCCAAUCUGAUUUAUCUUUAUAUGGCGGGCAACACAAAUGGCGAUACAGUGGUGCGAGUGUGCACCAAAUACCUUCUACUCGAUGGCCAGGUGAUGGCUGUGCGCAGCAAGCUGGAACAAAUUGCUUGGGUCUGGGCCCUGAUCUUUGCCUUUGCCGCCCCCGAGCUGUUCACCUUUCUGCGCGCUCUGCGCAUCUCCAUGUUCAAGCGAGAACAGCGGCCCAGCGGUCUGGAAGUGGCGCUCGUCACACUCUUUGAACUGCUGCACGUCAUCGGCCUGGCCCUGCUCACCUUCACCGUGCUGCCGCAGCUGGAUGUGACGCGUGGAGCGAUGCUCGGCUGCUGCGUUGGCUUCGUACCGGCACUUCUCAACCUGUUGACUGGCACACGCUUGCAAUGGAAAUCUGCGGAUCUGUUUGUCUACGGGCUCUCCAUAUUGGCCAUUGUGGCGCAGGGCAGCGCCUUUCUCGUCUGGCCAGCCAUGUCCGCUCAGCUGGAGGUCCAGUUGCUGGCCAUUCCAUUGCUAUUAGUAUCGUUCCGCUGGUGGGAGAACUUUGCUAAUACGCACGAAGCGAUAGCCUACAUCAUUCGUAAUAUACGCUGUACUCGAUCGCGUUAUCACACCUACCUCUACUUGGCACCGCUGAAGAUUCUGGUGUUCGCUUUGAUGGGUUUUCUACUGCACGGCGAGAACUUCUUGGACUAUUUUACGCAGUUUCUCAAGGCGUGGCAGUCGCAUUCCAUAACCGUAACGUAUACGGAUGGCUUGCUGGAUACGGUACAUUGGGCCAAUGGCAGCUCAUCUAUCACGCCCACGCGACUCGCUCAGUACUCGCUGCAGUCGAAUAGCAGAGCUGUGGUCUACGCCCUGCUGCUGCAGGUGGCCGCCGCCUAUUUGUGUCACAUUUUUGGGAAGUUCGCCUGCAAGAUUAAGAUUCAGCACUUCAGCUAUGCGCUGCCGCUUAACCUGGCAGCACCGGCGACCGUUUGUGUGGCCACCGUGCUGGCCCAGAUGCGAGCCGACGAUUUGUGUUCGCUGCACAGCCUGAUGCCGGAUUACCUGACGCUGCAGGCAUUGGGCCAGGAUCUACGCCAACUGGGCGCAUUGAGCCUGGAGUAUGCCCUUUGGCUAUGGCCUCUCUGGUGGCUGGCGCAAAUCUGGACCUGCCUGCACAUCUGGCAGCCCAGAAAUGACAAGAACGCGCCCACCGAGAAGCUGUACGUGUGCCCCUGGUAUUGCGGCCUGCUGGUGGACCAGUGCUCGAUGAUGAAUCGCCGCAUACUCGACUGGAGCGAUGAGUAUUUGACCAUACGGAGCGAUUUGACAACGCCCAGGGAUCCGGUUGUGGCAUUGGCUGCUGACAUCAAUGCCAGCCGGGAUAUACAGGAGCAGGACAAAAUACCGCAACUGAUUGUCUGCGCAACAAUGUGGCACGAGACCGAGGAUGAGAUGAUGGAAUUUCUGAAAUCAAUUGUACGCUUGGAUGAGGAUCAAUGCGCACGACGAAUGGCAAAAACGCAUCUAAACGGCGGCAAAGCGGAUGACGAAUACUAUGAAUUGGAAACCAACAUUUUCUUCGACGACGCCUUCGUGCUGGACGAUAAGCAAUGCCAGAAUAAGAGAAAUCCGCCGCUCAAUGAGUAUGUAAAGACUCUCACACGCACCAUAGACAAGGCAGCCUUUGAGAUCUAUGGCGUCAAUAUCAGAAUUAAGCCGCCACUGAAGAUUGAGACGCCGUACGGAGGUCGGCUGGUGUGGACUCUGCCCGGACGCACCAAGAUGGUGGCACAUCUGAAGAACAAGGAUAAGAUUAGGCACAAGAAGCGCUGGUCGCAGGUCAUGUAUAUGUACUACCUGCUGGGCUUUCGCAUCAUGGAAUUGGAGAAGCUAUCGGCGCGCCGCAAGGCUGUCAUUGCGGAGAACACUUUUCUGCUAGCCCUCGAUGGGGAUAUCGAUUUUCAGCCGCGUGCCGUGCAGCUGCUCAUUGACCGAAUGAAAGCAAUCGAUGAGCUGGGCGCCGCCUGCGGCCGCAUACAUCCUGUGGGCCGUGGCCCGAUGGUUUGGUAUCAAAAAUUCGAGUACGCAAUCGGACAUUGGCUGCAGAAGGCCACAGAGCACGUAAUUGGCUGUGUGCUGUGCAGUCCGGGCUGCUUUAGUCUGUUUCGGGCCAGUGCCCUGAUGGAGAACAGCGUCAUGAAGCGCUAUACGCUCGUCAGCUCGGAGCCCAUGAAGAUGGUGCAAUACGAUCAGGGCGAGGACCGCUGGCUAUGCACUCUGCUGCUAAAGCAGGGCUCACGCGUGGAGUACUGCGCCGCCUCCGAUGCCUUCACCCAUUCGCCGGAGUACUUCAACGAGUUCUACAAUCAGCGCCGACGCUGGGUACCCUCGACUAUUGCCAAUAUCUUCGACAUACUCGCCGAUGCCAGCACCGUGGUCAAGAAGAAUAACUCCAUAUCGACUCUGUACAUCAUGUACCAGGCCAUGCUCAUGAUUGGCACCGUGCUCGGCCCGGGCACCAUAUUCCUGAUGAUGGUUGGCGCCUUGGUAGCUGUAUUCACCAUCAACAUUUGGACGGCCUUUCUGUGGAACUUCUUUCCCAUACUCAUCUUUGUGCUGAGCUGCGUGUACUUGAAGCAAAAGUUCCAGCUUCUCAUUGCUUUCGUGAUUAGCGCCAUCUAUUGUCUGGUAAUGAUGGCUGUGCUCAUUGGAAUCAUCGUUCAAAUGCUGGAGGAUGGCCCUUUGGCACCAGCUUCGCUCUUCUUUCUCCUAGUCGCUGUACAAAUUACAAUUGCAGGCCUCAUGCAUCCUCAGGAGUUUUGGGCUUUGCUGUGUGGCGUCAUCUACUACAUCACAAUACCCUCGAUGUACAUGCUGCUCAUGAUCUACUCGGUGUUCAACAUGAACGACGUUAGCUGGGGCACUCGAGAGGCGCCUGUGCUCCGCGAUGAUGGCGAGAAUUCGCCCGAGGAUCCAGACAACUAUUUGCCCGGCUGGCUGAAUGAUCCGCUGCUCAUUGACUCGGAGCUGGGUGAGAUAACGUUGCUGGAGCAGCGCUUCUGGAAGGAUGUUAUCAAACAGUACCUGAAGCCGCUGGAGCUGAGCAAGGAGCAGAAGCAGAGCAUGGCCGACGAUCUGAAGGAACUGCGUAACAUGAUUGCCUUUGCAUUUGUCAUGGUCAAUGCGAUUUUCGUUCUGAUCGUGUUUCUGCUGCAGCUUAAGAAGGACUAUUUGCACUUGAAGUGGCCCAUAGAUCCUACAGACUUUGUGUCCUUUGACCGCGACAACCACCAAGUGAGCAUCUAUCGACAGUACAAGGAACUGGAUCCCAUUGGCCUCUGCUUCGUCAUAUUCUUUGGCUUCAUAUUGGUCAUACAGUUCAUAGCCAUGUUCUUCCAUCGCUUUGCCACCAUGUCUCAGCUGCUGGCUACGACGCAGCUGGACUGGUUUCGCUCCAAUGGACAGCUGAGCGACGAGGAUGCCGCCCUCGAGCUGAAUGGCAGCGCAGUGCACAUAGCUCGCAGGCUGCAGCGCCCCAAGCGGCUCUUCGAUGAUGACGACGACGUGGACGCUCAUCACUAUGAUGAGCUGCUGGGCCAGGACGACGGCCACCGCGAGAGCCUUGCACGUCGCCAAACCAUCUGCCGGCUACACGAGACACGUAACAAGCAGCACAGCGACUACAGCGACCUGGUUAAAAACUUUGAGAAGCGCUUCUUCAGCGAAGAUGAGCUGAAUAUGAAGAAUCUGCCAUUGAGUCGCAAGUCCAUUAAACUCUUCCAGGAACGCCGCUCCGUGGCCAAAGUGAAUGCAGCUGCUACGCCCGGGGGCACGCCCACGCCGAAAGCCGGCAAGCGACCUCCACUGGUGGUAAAUGCGAAAAAAGUGAGCUUCAGCAAUGCCAACAUGCAAGUCUAUGACAACGGAGCUCUCGAGCACACAGAAUUCUGAAUACUGAAU